AUGGCUAUCUCCAAGGUCAUCAUCGUCGGCGCCGGCCCAGCAGGAUGCGUCCUCGCACUCCUUCUCGCCAACGCCGGAAUCACCGUCGACCUCCUCGAAGCAUCAGACAAGCUGGACGACUCACCGCGCGCGUCAUUCUACCCAUGGCCCGCCGUACGUGAACUUGAAAGGGCAGGACUCCUUCCCGAAGUCCGCGAACGAGGCUACGUCGUGUCCGACGGCGUAUCGUGGCGCAAAGUCGACGGCACGCUGAUGGCGAGGAUGGACAUCAGUGCCGUCCCCUUUGACCGGAGACUGCACGGCCUACCGCUCGGCAAACUCCUCGCUCUCACGAGAGAACAUCUCGACCGUCGUCCGAACGCGCGGAUCCGCUAUCUGCACAAGGUCUCCCGGAUCGACCAGUCCGAAAAAUCGUGCGCACGUGUCUUCGCAGACACUCCGGAUGGAGAGCAAGUCUUCGAGGCCGACUAUAUCGUCGGCUGUGACGGCGCGAACAGUACGAUCCGUCGGGCGCUGUUUGGUGAGAAGUUCCCCGGCCGAACAUGGGAUGAGCAAAUUGUUGCUACGAAUGUAUAUUAUGAUGUCGCAAAGCACGGCUGGGGGCAAGGUGCAUUCAUCGUCGACCCGCAACAUUUCGCUCUUGUCGCUCUGCUUCAGAAGGACGGGCUGUAUCGCGUCAGUUACGGCGAGAAGGUCGGCCUGACGAGGGAGGAGUACGCCGCCCGCCAGCCAGAGAAGUUCCGCACCAUAUUACCUGGCAGCCCCGGCCCGGAGGAUUACAAACUUGUCUCGCUCAACCCAUACAAGAUCCACCAGAGGUGUGCGCAGAGUUUCCGCGUUGGGAGGUUCCUUCUAGCUGCGGAUGCGGCGCAUUUGUGUAAUCCCUUUGGUGGACUAGGCCUUACCGGCGGCUUGGUGGACGUUGGCAAUUUGUUCGACUGUCUGAACGGCAUCCAUCAGGGUCUGGCAGACGACAGUAUCCUCGACCGGUACAACGAGGUGCGGCGGGAGAAGUACUUGACCAUCAUCGAUCCUGUUUCCUCUCAGAACCUCCGCCAUUUGCUGCAAGAUCCGGACGUUGCCUUGAAAGAGGACCCCCUGUUCCAGAAUAUGGACAUGUUGAAGGAUCCCGAGGCUGUCGCCAAGCUGGUAACGGGCAUCAAUGAUAUCAUGCAUGACUUCACCAAAGAGUACAAGCAGUCGACCGAGACUUCGGUUGAAACAAGCAAGACCCUCGCGACAGCCGAGGUCAACAUGUUAUUAGCCAGUGAUUAA